AUGGGAAGUAGCAGUUCGAAACGAUCGAGCAGGAGAAGCAGUAGGACGGAUUCUCAAAGCUCGUCUUCUACUUGGGGACAAAACAGCUCUCACCACGCGCAUUACUCGUUUUCUUCUUCUUCUGGGUUUCAAGCGCAGAAGAAUCAAGGCAAGAGCAAGUAUUCACAGAUCGGCGAUGACUACCAUUCCAUUAAUGAGGUUACGGCUGCUCUUUCUCAUGCCGGUUUGGAGUCUUCCAAUCUGAUUGUUGGUAUUGAUGUCACCAAGAGCAACGAGUGGACUGGAGCGAGGUCAUUCAACAGGCAAAGCUUGCAUUACAUUGGAACUGCUCCUAAUCCGUACGAGCAAGCCAUUUCUAUCAUCGGAAAGACCUUAUCCGCUUUCGAUGAGGAUAAUUUGAUCCCUUGUUAUGGGUUUGGAGAUGCUACGACCCAUGAUCAGCAUGUCUUCAGCUUCUACCCUGAAGAUACUUUCUGUAACGGGUUUGAACAAGUCCUUAUACGUUACCGAGAGAUUGUUCCUCAGCUGCAUCUUGCAGGGCCAACUUCUUUCGCACCCAUUAUCGAAAGGGCCAUGACCAUUGUGGAGGAAAGCGGAGGACAGUACCAUGUUCUUCUCAUAAUUGCUGAUGGACAGGUGACAACAAGUGUGGAUACACAUCAAGGCGGCGUCAGCUCGCAAGAACAGAAGACCAUUGAUGCGAUUGUUAGAGCGAGUCAAUAUCCAUUAUCGAUAGUUCUGGUUGGUGUUGGAGAUGGUCCUUGGGAUACAAUGACACAGUUUGAUGACAACAUCCCGGCUCGUGCCUUUGACAAUUUCCAGUUUGUGAAUUUCACGGAUAUUAUGUCGAAGAACAUUGAUCAUGGAAGAAAAGAAGCAGAAUUUGCACUUUCUGCCUUGAUGGAGAUCCCAUCUCAGUAUAAGGCCACUCUCGAGCUCGGCUUACUCGGACGAAGAAGGGGAUAUUGUCCAAACACGAUUGCUCUUCCUCCACCAGUCAGUGUUAUUAAUCGAUCUCUGAACAACAACAGCUCGAAAACUUUCUGUUCAAGCACUGUUACUACUGCACCGCCUUUUUCAACUGAUAGUAACGAGAGCAAGCUUUGCCCAAUCUGUCUGGUCAAUACGAAGAACAUGGCAUUCAACUGUGGCCAUCAGACUUGCAAUGAAUGUGGACAAGACAUUCAUAUCUGUCCCAUUUGCCGCACCUCAAACGCAGUUCGUAUCAAGCUCUAUUAA